AUGGUGUCGAAUAAAUGUUGUGUUCCUGGUUGCUGCGACAGUGCUAAAACUAAAUUCGGCAUUCCCAAAAAUUGCCACGAUAUUUGGGAAAAAGCCACGGGUAUUUCAUUAAACAGGCAAUCCAGGGUAUGUGAGAAACAUUUUAGACCGUCUGAUAUUGUUUCCACAUGGGUGUCUGGGGAAGGCAGCAACCAAAUUUCGGUAUGUUCCACUAGAAUAGAAAAAGUUUGUAGUUAG